ACAUUGUCAUUAGCAUCCUGCGUUGUUUGUAUUAUUCUACUGACAAAUCGGCGACAAUUGAGAAGAUGUAUCAAACUUCCUAAUAUUUUUCCAGAAGCCAUAAACCAUUUAUCAGAGGAAGAUAAAAUCAGAUACAAUGAGCUUAUGCAAACUGAAAAAAAAGAAAACAGGUAUUUUGUUAGAAUUAUGAUUGUCGGAAAGGAAUCGACAGGAAAAACGUGUCUCUUGAGGAGAUUAUUGAAGGAAGACAUAUCUGGUGUAUCGAGUACAGAUGGUGUUGAUAUUGUUGUUUGUAGAUGCAAAAUCAACAUAAGAGAUGGAAAAUGGAUAAUCGGCAAAGAAAUUGCCGAUGAUAAAGUGAGCCGGAUUAAGAGAGCACUGAUUCCAAAUGCCGAGGACAGAAACACUGAAAAUAUUGAGGUAGAUGAGAGAAAGAAUAUAAAUAUAAGUCAUGGUGAUGAUAUAUCUACCUAUAAAAAAGACACCACAACCGACAUAAUGGUUAUUCGGGAUAAAAGUGAUAAUACAAAUGAGUCUGAAUUAUUGGUAAUGCUUGAGAAUUUCAAAGCAAAAUCAAAAGUUAAUCUGGAUAAAAAAGGAGAUACGAACCAGUCUUCAUCUUUGGUAAUGCCUGAGGAUAUCACUAGCGACGCAAAGAUUAAUCUGGAUAACAAUAAAGAAACGAAUAAGUCUUCAUCAUUGGUAAUGCCUGAGGAUUUGAUGUCAAAUAUGUUUUCCAAGUCAACUGUUAAUUCUCCUUCAAACCUUUAUGCAUUAUGUGAAUUAUGGGACUUUGCAGGACAAAAAGAAUUUUAUGCUACACAUCAAGCAUUUUUAACAAGUAGUGCAGUAUACCUUGUAGUUGCAGAUAUGAAGGACGACAUAAGUAAACAAGGAUUGGGUCAGUGUUUUACCGAUUUUCAGCAUAUUGGAGAAUAUGUUGAUUUUUGGUUUGAUUCUAUCCAUUGUCAUCGAACAACCGACAAACCAGCUAGGUAUGGCCACUUCGAUCCUCCGAUUUUAUUAGUUUUCACUGGAAAGGAUAAAUAUGACAAGGCAGAUUUUAAGAAGAGAGAAAAGGAACUCAAUGAUCAAAUAGACCAAGUUCUUGGAUUUCAAAGCAAAUAUCAUCACUUGCACAACAAGUUUUAUCUGUCAAAUACAAAUGACAGUGACACAGAAUUUGAGAAGUUGCAAUACGCAAUUUACGAUACUGCACGGAAAAUGGGAAAUUGGGGUAAUGCUUUUCCGUUAAAAUGGAUUCUUUUAGAACAUUUGAUUGAAAUUAAUAAGAACGAUAACAAGCAUUUCAUCAACUUUACUGAUAUGUCAAAUCUGGCUAAACAUCCUGAUAUCAAUAUUCUAGAAAAGGAGGAUUUGUUGUUGUUUCUUCGAUUUCAGCAUAACGUAGGGAACAUCAUUUUCUUUGCUAAUAUACCGGAUUUAAUCAUAUUAAGACCCCAAUGGUUAGCAGAUGCUUUCCGAUGUUUAGUUUCAGAUAGAGUUGAAAACAGAAGAUUGCAUCACCAUGAGGACUGGACACUGUUUAUACGACAAGGCAAAAUAAGCGAAUCGUUAAUAACAGAACUGUUCAAAUCAAAAGAUGGAAGUCAGUUUUCAGAACAGACAAAUAAUUUGCAUGCAGUUAUGGAAAAGCUUGAUAUAUUGGUCAAAAUUGGUAACUCAAAUUAUAUAAUGCCAAGCAUGAUGCCGCCCUCCACGUUUGAUGUUGUAUGUGAAAAAUUUGACAUUCUUACACAAAAAUGUAAAAGGACUUCUUGGCUUUGUUUUAAAUUUGAAUUUCUCCCACCUUCUUUCUUUAACCAUCUAUCUGCCUGGUUUAUCAGAAACUACUACUCUAGCAAAGUAGAGGGUGGUAUUGCUUUAUAUCGUGGCAUCUGUAUGUUUGACAUUGAUGGAUCUGGUGGUACAAAGAUACUAGUUACUAUGUCGACUGAUACAAUUGCUCUUCAGCUCGUGUCGUUUUCCGAAGAGGAGGGAUUCGGAAGCACGUGCAGUGAUAUCUACAGAGAAGUGAAACAACUAAUUGAAGAUAUAAAAGAGAGAUAUAAGGUGAAAAUAUCGUUUAAACUCCAUUUCAAAUGCAGUGAUGGCUACUAUUUUCAAGACACAUUUGAAUAUGAGAAAUUGACAAGUGAGAAGGAGUGUUUCUGUACUCAACAUAAGCAAAUGCAUCGAUCUGACCAGAUAUAUUCGCCUUGGAUGAAUAAUGAGGUGACACGGAUUCCUGACAGAGCGAACAUAAGUACCAAGCAGGAUGACCAUAAUCCAAAAAAUGAACCAAAAAUAGAAGCUCAGGACCAAACAUCUGUCGAAACCAACCUUCCUGAUUCUGUCAAUUUGCGUCAACAGAUUAAUAUCCAAAAGUCAAAGAAUGAAUAUCUGUACAUUUCUAGCUGUAUCAAAACAGACAAUACAUUAGUGUUUACCGACUAUAGUAAUAACCGACUUAUUAUUUGUAAUUCAGACGGUACUGAUAUCUAUCACAUUCCUCUGUCCUAUCAACCAUUUUAUAUGACAGAGGUAAAUAUUAAUACUGUAGCAGUAACCUGUAUACAUGACAACACCAUACUGAUAAUAAAUAUAUCUACAGGUUCUGUCACCAGUACAAUCAACACCAGUGGUGGCUGCUCCGGAAUAUCAUAUAAUGAUAAUAACCUGUACGUUGUUAUUGAUUGGAGUAUAAUACGUGUGAUGGACCUGACAGGUAAAGUAAUACGUACUAUACCUUUACCUUCACACCGUAUCACCGACAUUACAGUAGACCGAGACAGGUUAGUCUAUAGAGACAGAACAUCAAUAUACUGCUGCUCGUUAGAUGGAAAACUAAUUUGGAAGUUUAAACAGGAUAAAAUUCAAGAUUUACGUUGUGUGACAACAGAUAAUGAGGGGAAUGUCUAUGUGACUGACGUUGAGACCGAUACUGUAGUAGUUGUAUCAGAUGAUGGGAAACAUCACAUAGAAUUUCUUACUAAAUCAGAUGGAUUGAAUGAGCCGUGGGGAAUUUAUUUUGACAAAAAAGAAAAUAUUCUGCUUGUUUGUAAUGUAGAUGACGGAAAUGCUUUUCUUUUUGACGUGAAAAAGAAAGCAAAAUAA